ACUCGUGACUGAGGAAGAGAAACAGAGAGCAUAACUUUAUAUCCAGCCGAUUUUUUUUCAAAUUUCUUACCUUUUGCUCUCACUAAAGCCAUGUUCUUACCUUUAUAGUGAGUGUUAUCUAAACUCUUUUGGGUCUUUUGCAAAAGAAACCAGUUUUCAAAGUUCAAAAUUUUGUUUUUAAAAAUGGAGAAUUUAGUGAAGAGCUGCGCAGGGAUCGAGAAGAAAAGAAGCAAUUUGACUCCAUCGAUGGAAGAUAUACUUACAGAGUCAAAGGAGAGAAGCAGCACUAGCGGAGCGAGCUACGAAAGCUCCUCCACCACCACCGUCGCUUCGUCUUCUCCACCACCACCACCGUCGCAGAUUCUGGGUUGGCCGAUUAGAAAAGCUUCAUUUCGGAAAAAUUCGAAGGAGAGUGUUAAUUUUGAUCAUAAGAAAUUAACCCUUCACGAUGAUUCUGGGUUUAAAGCGAAAGAGAUGAAUUCUGCAGAUGUGGAGAUGAUGAAGGAGAGAUUUGCAAAGUUGUUACUUGGUGAAGAUAUGUCAGGUUCUGGUAAAGGUGUGUGUACGGCUUUAGCUAUCUCCAACGCCAUAACAAAUCUCUGUGCUACGAUUUUCGGGCAACUAUGGAGAUUAGAGCCACUUUCAAGCGAAAAGAAGGAGAUGUGGAGAAGGGAAAUGGAGUGGAUUCUUAGUGUUAGUGAUCACAUCGUCGAGUUAACACCUUCAACACAAACUUAUCCAGACGGCAACAAGUUUGAGGUCAUGACUUGUCGACCAAGAUUUGAUCUUUUCAUCAACCUCCCUGCUCUCCGUAAACUAGACAAUAUGCUUCUCGAUAUAUUGGCGAGUUUCAAGAAAACUGAGUUCUGGUAUGUUGAUCAAGGGAUCGUUGCUUCGGAAAACGAUGGCUCAGCUUCUUUCCGCAGAAAGAUUCAGCGCCAAGAGGAGAAAUGGUGGUUGCCUGUUCCUCGUUUAGCACCGAAUGGUCUUACUGAAGAAGCAAGAACAGAAUUGAAUCAUAAGAGGGAAUGUGCGACGCAGAUACUUAAAGCUGCAAUGGCUAUUAACAGCCUUGCUUUAACCGAAAUGGAUGUUCCUAAAUCAUACCUUGAAACCCUUCCAAAGAACGGUAGGUCCUGCCUUGGGGAUGUUAUCUACAGGUAUGUAACAUCUGACAAAUUUUCUGCGGAGUCUCUUCUCGAUUGCCUUGAUCUGUCCUCUGAGCAUAUUGCUCUUGAUAUCGCAAACCGUGUGGAAGCUUCGAUAUAUGUUUGGAGGAGAAGAGUUCAAACAAAACUUGGAGUCAACAAUAAUACUUCAAGCACUACUCCAAAGUUAACAUGGGAAAUGGUCAAAGAACUAAUGGCUGCUGGUGACAAAAGGGGAUUGCUUGUGGAGAGAUCGGAAACUCUCUUACGUUGCUUGAAGCAGCGGUUUCCUUCUCUAACGCAGACUUCUCUAGACAUAAGCAAGAUUCAAUGGAACAAGGUCCAGACACACAAAUCCUCUAAAUACAUUACAGUACAAAAUGGCUUUGCUUGUUCUUAUAUAUUCAGUCCUUUGAAAAUUUCAGGAUAUUGGGAAAUCAAUCCUCGAAAGCUACUCAAGGGCUUUGGAGAGCUUAGCAUCAAACAUCAUAGCACGAAUCGAUGAUUUACUCUACGUGGACGACUUAACAAAGCAAUCAGAUGAUAACAAUCUUUUGUCAAGUCCAGCGGUCAGCAGCAUUAUAGCUCACAAGAAAGUAGUACCACUCCCUUAUCUAAUAUCUGCAUCAGGAACUCCAUAUAGAACAAGCUUCUCAACAACACCAGGCUUCUCUCCUUCAAUGAUUAGCCCCAAGAAAGGAGAGAGGAGAACACCUUACUCCAGCAAGGACACUAACAAAAUCAUUGAGAAAGGUCUUCCUUCUCGAGGAUAUGGAGUGAGAAGAGUCUUGAACAAUUAUCUUGGCAUGGAAUCAAAACUGAAAAUAUGCGUUAAUCCGUCAGAUAAUGCAGAUACAGCAGUGAUUAACCAAAUCAGCAAAGACGUGGAAGAAGAGAAGAAAAGAAACUCAACAUCAGUCCAUCAAAAGGGUCCUCCAAAGUACACUGUCUCUUAAAAGCUAAUAGAAGAAACUCAAUAGAGUGUAUAAUUAAUGCAGACAUGGAUUGAUUUGUUUGAUAUUUACUUGUAGUUUCUGUCUUAUUUGGAAUGGUAAAGUGUCUAUCUUUGCAAACCAAAUCAGAUCACAAAAUAGACAAAAAUGAGAGUGGUUGUAACAAAUAUUCUCAUCAAAUUUGUUCUGGUUUGGUUUACUAGCUUUAUUUAUUUGGUAAACAAUCACCAAUAACGUGUA